GUUAUACUCCUCUAUAUUCUAUACACUUUCACUAAGCUCUCUCACAGUUCAUACCUACAUUGCACCAUGAGACUGACUGUUCGAGACACCAAAGAGCAAGUCGGCAACUACGUUGGGGAUUACAUCGCCAACCGUGUAAACUCCUUUGUACCCACUCCAGAACACAAGAACUUUGUUCUUGGACUUCCUACAGGCUCAUCUCCUUUACCCGUGUAUAGGCGAUUGGUUGAGCUUUACAAUGAGAAGAAAGUGAGCUUUAAGGAUGUAGUUACCUUCAACAUGGACGAAUACGUUGGGAUUCCCCGUGAUCAUUCCGAGUCAUACCACACUUUCAUGUUUAAAAAUUUCUUCUCCCUUAUCGACAUCAAUCCUAAUAACACACACAUUUUGAACGGUGAAGCUGAAGAUCUCUACAAGGAAUGUGAAGAUUACGAAGCUUCCAUCAAGGCUGUUGGCGGUAUCGAUCUCUUUUUGGGAGGCAUCGGCGCUGAUGGACACAUUGCUUUCAACGAGCCUGGAUCCUCACUUACUUCCAGGACACGGAUUAAGACUCUUGCCUACGAGACCAUCCUUGACAACUGCCGUUUCUUCAACAAUGAUCUUUCCCUCGUACCCCGUAUGGCUCUCACCGUCGGCGUCCAGACAGUCAUGGAUGCUAGGGAGGUUGUACUUGUGGUUACUGGUCAGAACAAGAGCUUGGCAUUGAGUCAAAUGAUCGAAGGUGCGGUAAACCAUAUGGUCACUGCUAGUGCUCUGCAGACACAUCCCUGGGCUUUGGUUGUUUGCGAUGAGGAUGCCACCCUUGAGCUUCGAGUCAAGACUGUCAAGUACUUCAAGUCUAUCGAAAAAGUGCAAGACGAGGUCGAGGCCAAGUACGGCCCCGUUGCUUCCGUUCGAUUGGGAUUGAGAGGUCCUACAGCAGCAUAAGGCAGAAUACAAUUCGAAGAGAAGGAGAAUGGGAGAUGAGAGAUGAUGGAGGAUAUGUGUUUUACGCUCAGGGACGAUUACUUUAAUGUCUUCUAUACCCUUGCAGCGAUGGAACAAAUCGUGGUAACCACAUACAUCAUCAAUUCAUAUACCCCAAAAUGUACAUAUAUAUACGUUCAAGGACCGCUGUCUAAGGAUUACUCCAAAAAAAGAGGAAAAGGAAAAACUAAAACCCGUGAUAUUAUACUCUUCUAUACUCCACAACCAAAACACUCCUUCUAAAUGGUAUCACUAUUGCCCGUCUUCCAAUGCAAGCCCUCAAAUCCCCCAAUCUCUGCUACAUCCGAAAACGGUCCAACCGGUAACCGACCAUCCAUAUUCAAGCUCGACCUCUCGCCCAUAUACAUUGGCAUACCAUCCAACGCCGCUAGCCCCGAAACAGAUCUACUCGCAUCCACACCCAUCAUCUUGAUGGCUUCUCUUCCCCAAUCCCAAUUCGAUAUUGGAUCUUGACUUUUCCCCUCAGCCGUGGAAUAUACUUGUGCAGGAGAGGAGAAUGAUUUGGUUGAAGGAGGGUCGUUGGGUCCCGAACAAGAGCUUCCGGGGUCGUUAAGAUGAGCAUAACCAUCGUUGGCCGCGCCCAUGACAUAAGUACCGUUAUUGGUAGGGUAAGCCAAUUGACGUUCGAGUUUGCUGCACAUCGCUGCAGGGUC